AUGAAUUUCGACUCGGAAGUCAGCAUGUGUGAGGUCAUGAUGGAUAAUUAUGCCAGUAAAGAUAAAACCACCAGCUUGACAUUUCCCCUCUCGGAAUCCAAGAGUUGUGAUGAGAAGCUGGUCCACUUCAUGGUGUACCCCACGUCUAUGAUCAUGGGUAUAAUGUGCGCCGUUUGCUACGUAGCUAUCGGGCAAAUUGUGAGGAAAUACAGCAAAAUCAAGUUUUAUUGUGUCAUGCUAGCGUCUUGCAGCAUAAUUCUGGCUAUAUCAGCCGUGAUAACCAUACCGUGGUUGGCCGUGAUGAUGUUCAUAACAGGGGUAUGCUCAGGCGCCACGGCGUCCUUGCUUUCGGCAAUAUCUGUGGAGGUGUUCCCUACAAAUGUCAGGGCACUGGCUUUAUGCACGUUGUAUAUGUUCGGACGUCUCGGCGCCGCUGUGGGUUCAAAUUUGAUUGGUGUGGCUGUUCACCAACACUGCCAAGUGUUAUUUCUCACUAUGACCUUAGGAACAGCUGCAUCAGUUCUGCUGAUGUGUCUAUGGCCGGAUCCAAAGUUGGUGCGAUCUGAUAUGGAACAGCAUGGCUUCGGCUACUAA